AUGAAUGCCUUCAGACACCAUAUAAAUGAUUGUGAUGACAUACCAAACGUAUGUGGACCUAACUCAAACUGCUCCAACACCAAUGGAAGCUUCAACUGUUCCUGCCUGAGUGGAUAUCGGGAGAACAAUGUGAAUCAAGCCAUAAGUGACAGCAAUCAGUGCAUAGAUAUAAACGAAUGUGAUGUGUUUCUAAAUCUUUGUGGCCCCAACUCAAACUGUGCCAAAACCAGCAGAAGUUAUAACUGUUCCUGCUUGACUGGAUAUCAAGUGGCCAACCCAAAUCGAUCCAUAAGUGACAGAAAUCAGUGCACAGAUAUAAAUGAAUGUGAUGACAUACCAAACGUAUGCGGACCCAACUCAAACUGCACCAACACCAAUGGAAGCUUCAACUGUUCCUGCCUGAGUGGAUAUCGGGAGACCAAUGUGAAUCAAGCCAUAAGUUACAGCAAUCAGUGCAUAGAUAUAAACGAAUGUGUUGUGUCUCUAAAUCUUUGUGGCCCCAACUCAAACUGUGCCAAAACCAGCGGAAGUUAUAACUGUUCCUGCUUGACUGGAUAUCAAGUGGCCAACCCAAAUCAAUCCAUAAGUGACAGAAAUCAGUGCACAGAUAUAAAUGAAUGUGAUGACAUACCAAACGUAUGCGGACCCAACUCAAACUGCACCAACACCAAUGGAAGCUUCAACUGUUCCUGCCUGAGUGGAUAUCGGGAGACCAAUGUGAAUCAAGCCAUAAGUUACAGCAAUCAGUGCAUAGAUAUAAACGAAUGUGUUGUGUCUCUAAAUCUUUGUGGCCCCAACUCAAACUGUGCCAAAACCAGCGGAAGUUAUAACUGUUCCUGCUUGACUGGAUAUCAAGUGGCCAACCCAAAUCAAUCCAUAAGUGACAGAAAUCAGUGCACAGAUAUAAACGAAUGUGUUGUGUCUCUAAAUCUUUGUGGCCCCAACUCAAACUGUGCCAAAACCAGCGGAAGUUAUAACUGUUCCUGCUUGACUGGAUAUCAAGUGGCCAACCCAAAUCAAUCCAUAAGUGACAGAAAUCAGUGCACAGAUAUAAAUGAAUGCAAUGACAUACCAAACGUAUGCGGACCCAACUCAAACUGCACCAACACCAAUGGAAGCUUCAAUUGUUCCUGCCUGAGUGGAUAUCGGGAGACCAAUGUGAAUCAAGCCAUAAGUGACAGCAAUCAGUGCACAGACCUAAACGAAUGUGUUGUGAUUUUGAACCUUUGUGGGCCCAACUCAAACUGUGCCAAUACCAAUGGAAGCUACAACUGUUCCUGCUUGACUGGAUAUCAGGUGGCCAACCCAAAUCAAUCCAUAAGUGAAAGCAAUCAGUGCACAGAUAUAAAUGAAUGCAAUGACAUACCAAACGUAUGCGGACCCAACUCAAACUGCACCAACACCAAUGGAAGCUUCAAUUGUUCCUGCCUGAGUGGAUAUCGGGAGACCAAUGUGAAUCAAGCCAUAAGUGACAGCAAUCAGUGCACAGACCUAAACGAAUGUGUUGUGAUUUUGAACCUUUGUGGGCCCAACUCAAACUGUGCCAAUACCAAUGGAAGCUACAACUGUUCCUGCUUGACUGGAUAUCAGGUGGCCAACCCAAAUCAAUCCAUAAGUGAAAGCAAUCAGUGCACAGAUAUAAAUGAAUGCAAUGACAUACCAAACGUAUGCGGACCCAACUCAAACUGCACCAACACCAAUGGAAGCUUCAAUUGUUCCUGCCUGAGUGGAUAUCGGGAGACCAAUGUGAAUCAAGCCAUAAGUGACAGCAAUCAGUGCACAGACCUAAACGAAUGUGUUGUGAUUUUGAACCUUUGUGGGCCCAACUCAAACUGUGCCAAUACCAAUGGAAGCUACAACUGUUCCUGCUUGACUGGAUAUCAGGUGGCCAACCCAAAUCAAUCCAUAAGUGAAAGCAAUCAGUGCACAGAUAUAAAUGAAUGCAAUGACGUACCAAACGUAUGCGGACCCAACUCAAACUGCACCAACACCAAUGGAAGUUUCAAUUGUUCCUGCCUGAGUGGAUAUCGGGAGACCAAUGUGAAUCAAGCCAUAAGUGACAGCGAUCAGUGCACAGACAUAAACGAAUGUGUUGUGAUUUUGAACCUUUGUGGCCCCAACUCAAACUGUGCCAAUACCAAUGGAAGCUACAACUGUUCCUGCUUGACUGGAUAUCAGGUGGCCAACCCAAAUCAAUCCAUAAGUGAAAGCAAUCAGUGCACAGAUAUAAAUGAAUGCAAUGACAUACCAAACGUAUGCGGACCCAACUCAAACUGCACCAACACCAAUGGAAGCUUCAAUUGUUCCUGCCUGAGUGGAUAUCGGGAGACCAAUGUGAAUCAAGCCAUAAGUGACAGCAAUCAGUGCACAGACAUAAACGAAUGUGUUGUGAUUUUGAACCUUUGUGGGCCCAACUCAAACUGUGCCAAUACCAAUGGAAGCUACAACUGUUCCUGCUUGACUGGAUAUCAGGUGGCCAACCCAAAUCAAUCCAUAAGUGAAAGCAAUCAGUGCACAGAUAUAAACGAAUGUGUUGUGUCUCUAAAUCUUUGUGGCCCCAACUCAAACUGUGCCAAAACCAGCGGAAGUUAUAACUGUUCCUGCUUGACUGGAUAUCAAGUGGCCAACCCAAAUCAAUCCAUAAGUGACAGAAAUCAGUGCACAGAUGUGGAUGAAUGUCUUCAGACCCUAGCAGUUUGUGGUCCAAACUCAGUCUGCAACAACACCAUUGGAGACUACAGCUGCUCAUGCUUGAGUGGAUAUAAUGUGACUGAUCCAAGUGUGCGAAGUAGUGCGAACAAUUCCUGCACUGAUAUAAAUGAAUGUGAUUACAUCACAAACGUAUGUGGACCCAACUCCAACUGCACCAACACCAAUGGAAGCUUCAACUGUUCCUGCCUGAGUGGAUAUCAGGCGAACAAUGUAAAUCAAACCAUAAGUGACAGCAAUCAGUGCACAGUUAUAACAACACUUGCUCCAACAACAACAACAACAACAACAACAACAACAACAACACCAGCUCCAACAACAUCAACACCAGCUCCUACAACAACACCAGCUCCUACAACAACAACCACAACUACAGCCACAACAACCACAGCAGCGACCACAGCAGCACCAGAUUCUGCGAGCAUGUCUUUAACAUUGCGUGGUGACUUUGAUACUAGUUUAAAUGAUCCAACAAGUGAAAGGUUUCAAAUAUUGAAGACAAAUGUUCAAGAUGCAAUAAGCAGAAGUUAUGAAAAUGUACCUGGUUUUAUAUCUGUAAUUGUAACAGGAUUCAGGCAAGGUAGUAUGAUAGCUGACCUAAAUAUUAUCAAUAGCAAUCUCAACUGGUCCCAGAUAAAUCAACAAAAUGAUGAUCUGGCUGACGAACUGAAAAAAAAGGGUUAUGAGGUUGCUGAAUUGGUUUCUGAAAGUGUCCAAAAGAAUCUUUUUCAAGGGGAGGUUCACUCAGGAGAUGUUUCCAUGGAAUUAAGAUGCCCUGAGUCAAAUGAAGCCUUAGAUGAACCAGAAUGGAGAUUUGACGGGAAAAAACUCAACCAAGGACUCAAAUAUGACAUUUCAUCCCGCACACUGAAAGUAAAAGAUGUUGUCCUUGGUGACCGGGGUCAUUAUGAGUGCAGAUAUACCAGAGCCUCAAAACCAACUCUUAUUUAUUGGAGCAGAGCAUCAAUCAAACCAAAUCCUGUGAUUACACGGAAUUUUAUACAAAAAGCAGUUGCUUGUGAAGACCGUGUUCAUCUGAAAUGCUGUGUGGCAGGCUCAUACCAAGUGAAACUGACAGUUGGACAAGCUGAUCCUGGUGUUACCUCAGAGAUAGGAGGAUGUGCUGAAAUUGAGUAUCAAACAAAAUCUGAGGACUGCGGCAAUACAUUAAGAUUUACCUGCAAACUACUUGUCCUCCAAAACAGAGAGCAAACGAUUACACUUGAUGUUCGUAAAAAAAGUGAAGUUGAUGCAGAUGUAACUUGUCCAAAGGAUGAGGACAAGGGGUUAGAAGCUGGAUUCGAAGGAGAAGAGGCAAUACGUGGCUGUGGUGAAGGAAAAGUUGGUGAAAUGUUGUAUAGGUGUGAGGGUGAAUGGGUCCGUAAGCAAGACAACUGUGUCCUAGAACAAAUCCAAAACUUGGAAGAGGAAUCACAGAACCUAAAUGGAGGGGAUGUUUCGGAAUUUGUUUUGGUGCUCAGUAACACCACACAGCAGAAUGAUGAUGACAUUGUUACUUCACCAGCAACUAUUGCAUCUAUUGUGACCAUACUUGACAAUGUUGCAACAGCCUCCGGUCAAAUCACAGUGGACCAGGAGGUUAUGGAGGAUUUCCUUGAGACUGUGAAUGUGAUUGUCUCCACAAACGUAAUUGAUGUCUGGAGUAACCUAAAUAGUGAUUCUGAUGAUGAAACUCGUAGAAAUGUCAGCUCCAGCUUGUUGCUCGCGGUGGAAACGAUGUCGGGUGCACUCGCAGAAGAAGACACAUUUCAGAUUUCAACAGAAAGCCUUUCUUUGAGAAAAUAUGUGGUGACUGAAGCCUAUAAUGUUCUCAUGACAAAUUCAUCUGAAAUUACAAUUGCUCUAACACAGCAAUCUGCGACGAACACCUCAGUGACGGUCAUUGAAUUUUUUACUCUUAAUGAUAUAAUGUCAACGAGAAAUUCAGAAGAAGGUGACAUAAAUUCCACAGAUUCCGUAAAUUCAAUAAAUGGCAAUGUUCUUUUGGUCAAUACAAGUCGAAAAGUUGAAAACAUUACUCUGACAUUCAAGAAAAACGACAGUGAAUUGGCAAAUCCACUGUGUGUAUUCUGGAACUUUGAACUUUUCAACAAUACCGGUGGAUGGGAUACAUUUGGAUGCGAGCCCAAGUUCGAUGAAAAUAAUACAGUCACGUGUGAGUGUAAUCACACAACUUCCUUCUCCGUUCUCAUGUCACCAUAUAUACCACCUGAAGCUAAAAGGGCCCUGGGUGUCAUCACAUAUGUUGGAGUUGGAAUAUCAAUCGCCAGCUUGGUAAUCGCCCUAAUAAUUGAGAUGAUAGUUUGGCGUGCUAUGACAACGAAUGACACAGCAUACAUGCGACACGUCUGCAUCGUUAACAUUGCUGUGUCCCUCCUGAUUGCGGACAUCUGGUUCAUCGUGGGAGCAGCCGUGUCGAAUGAAAAUGGUGCAGCCUUGGGGCCCUGUACAGCAGCCACGUUUUUUGCCCACUUCUUUUACCUGGCUAUGUUCUUUUGGAUGCUGAUGUCUGCUCUACUGCUUCUGUACCGCAUUGUGUGGGUUUUCUCGAACAUCUCCAGGUUGGCCAUGAUGCUAAUUGGUUUCUUUAUCGGCUACGGCGGCCCUCUCAUUACGGCAGUGGUAACUGUGGCAUCGACAGCUGGACAGGAGGGCUACAUCACCUCACGUGGCACAUGCUGGCUCAACUGGGAAAAGACCAAGGCCCUGCUGGCCUUUGUGAUCCCUGCCUUGGUUAUUGUGGCCAUCAACUUGUGUGUCAUGAUGGUGGUCCUGGUUAAGAUGCUGAGAAGAGGCGUGGGAGACACUGCACAAAGUGAUGAAAAACACAACCUCAAGGUCAUCGCAAAAUGUGUGGCCGUAUUAACUCCACUGUUUGGUAUUACCUGGGGAUUUGGCAUUGGCAUCAUGAUCAGCCCAGAUAGCUUUGGACUCCAUGUUGUCUUUGCAUUGCUAAAUUCUCUACAGGGUUUCUUCAUUUUGGUGUUUGGGAUGCUCUUGGAUAAAAAGGUUCGAGCUACUCUAGCCGAAAGACCACAAAUCUUGACCUCUGCGUCUGGACAAACGGGACGCACAAGUGGGGGAGUGUCAUCUUCUUUGGGUUUGAACAUCUUUCAAAGGAUUGCAAGGAGACAUGGAUACGCCAGUACUUCAGGUUCUGCCAAUGGCUAGCAGUUUAAUGCCCUUUCACUCGGUUGAAAGUUGCUUGGCAGUGUCAUUUACAAAAUGAAAUAUAUAUUGAAUAAUGGCACUUCACUUAUCCGGAAUCUUACUGUAGGUUCCAUUGGUUUGUCCAAAUGUACUAGACUUCUUUUCAGAUCAUUCAGAUUGUAUCUUUUUCAGGUUAUAACUAAAGACAUUACUUUUAAAAUGUACACUUUAUCUUUUCCUUUAAUUUGUAGUACUCAGACACGUUACUUACUAAUGUUUUUCAUCUUACCCUUAUUUCUAGCACUUUUUUAACUUGAAAUGGUAAACUAGGGGUCUGCUGUAACAACAGAAUGAUGGCAAAUACUUUUGUUUACCUGUGUGUCGUGUUGUUGAGAGCAGGGUGCAUUCUUCUCUUAUCAUAUAAUUACUGGUGCUAUUUGCUCCCAUAUCUUUAAACAAAAAUAACAUACACAGUUCUGAGUUCUUGGCAGACAUGAGUAUGAUGUAGCAUCACUAUUAAAUUUGUGUUUUCCUGUGUA